AUGUCUCAUUCUCCUCCUCAAAUUCAGUCAGUGGCUUCCUUAACUUCCUCGCUCGAGAGCUCGACGGUCUCGGAAACGUCUUUCUAUCUCAGAACUUCAUGUCAGUUCGAUUUCCUUUCGAACGUCUUCUCGUCCCUGAGAUCCUUCCACACCAAACUCGUCAUUUUGGCCCAAAAGCUAAAGCUACGGGUCGGAGAAAAAUGGCUCGACGAGUACAUGGACGAGACCUCCCGCCUUUGGGAGGCCUGCCACGUCAUCAAGUCGGGCGUGUCCAACAUGGAAGCCUACUGCUCGAGCGGCGCCAACUUGGCAACUUUUCUCGACGAUCAUCACCGAAUAUUUGUUAACAAAUACAACGGCUUCCAAGGCGCGCUUUACGCCCUGAAAAACGCAAACACGCUUCUUCUCGCCAUACUUCUGAGCGGGCUCGUCUACUUCUGGCCCGAGACCAGCUUCUGCCGAGAGAACAACCAAGAAGAGAUUGUAAGCCCGUUUAUCGGCUCCAACUUCGUGGCCUCAAGCGCCAGUCUGCACGACAGGAUUGUGACUGUGGUAGCCUGUCUCGGGCUUGAGCCCGGAGUCGUUCUUUUUGAGCUUUGGGCCGCAAAGUUUGCGUUGGACGAACUGAAAAUGACGAUCAAGAGUACGGAUAUCGGAUAUGAGAGCGAAAUUGGUAUCGAUAUAAACAAAAGAGUCAAUGUGGGGCAGAGGGGAUAA